AUGGGUAUCAGCAGAGACGGCCGACACAAACUCCGCCUUACCGGUGGAAAGAAAAAAAUCCACAAGAAGAAGAGAAAGUAUGAAUUAGGAAGGCCCCCAUCGAAUACCAAGUUGGGCAGUAGACAAGUCCAUGUUGUUAGGGGAAGAGGAAGAAAUUACAAGUACCGUGCAAUCAAACUCGAUUCAGGCAGCUUCUCAUGGCCAGCAUUUGGAGUUUCAAAAAUUACCAGAAUUAUCGACGUUGUUUAUAAUGCUUCCAACAAUGAGCUGGUCAGAACAAAGACGUUGGUCAAAAACUGCAUCGUUCUGAUUGAUUCCCAUCCAUUUACUACAUGGUACGAAAACACAUUUGGUGUAACCCUAGGAAAGAAGAAAAAAGGAAAAACCGAUGAAGACAACAAAGAGGACAACAAAGCUGAAGCUGAAGAAAAUGAGGAAAAUAAUGAAGAGAAAGAUGAAAAGGCAAAGUCUUCAUACUCGGUAAUUAAAAAGAUAGGAAAAUCCAAGCAGAUCGAUCCAGCUUUAUUGGAACAGUUCAAACAGGGAAGAGUGUUAGCUUGCAUUAGCAGCAGGCCUGGACAGUGCGGCAAGGCUGAUGGUUACAUCAUUGAGGGCGAUGAGUUGUUGUUCUACAAGCGUAAAAUGGACAAGAAAAAGAGGAAUUAA